AUGAUUCUUAGACCCCCCACCCCCUUGUCAACCGCAGCCGUAGACACCGGCUCCGAAAUCACCACCACGGACUUACAGGAGAAGGAAGUUGCGGAACAGGCGGAAAAUGGAAGAGACGCCGCUGCUAUCGGGAAUGCUAAUGAGGAAAACGGGGAGCAGGAGACUGACAAUGAGGUAGAUGAACAAGAGGAAGAAGGUGGGGAGGAAGAGGAGGAGGAAGAAGAAGGUGACGCUGAGGAAGAGGAUGGAGAUGAAGACGGGGAAGCUGAGUCGGCUACGGGCAAGCGGGCAGCUGAGGACAAUGAGGAUGACGACGUCGACACCAAGAAGCAGAAGAUCCACGGGGAUGACCAGACAGCAGAAAAGGAAAAGUUAAACUUACCUGCUAAUACGGGCCGCAUUUGCACUAAAAUCCUAAAGAAGGUGGCCUGGGUCAUCAUUGAGAAGUACUACAUCUACCUGGGCAGUGACUGGUACAUGAGCAAGUAUGUGUGCAAGGAGAUCACCAUUACUUCCAGCAAGGAGCUCUGCAGCAAGAUAGCAAGCUAUGAGACACAUCUGAUGAAGGAGAUCAGAGGCCCAGAUUCACAGGUGUCUCCAUCAAGCUGCACGAGGAGGAGGAGGAGGAGGAGAGAGAAGUAA